UGGCUCAUUGUUCAUUUGCAUCCCAGUGCUACGACAGAUAUUAGCUCACCAUGAUGGACCUGUUAACAUUUGCUAGGGAGAACCGGGAGCGUAUCCAGGCAGUGGAGAAUUCAUUUGGUGCAUCAGGAAGGCCCCUAACCAAGGAAGGUCGGAUUCUGAUGGGACAGGGCCGUCUCAUGAAGCAGGGUCGUCGGAAGCCCCAGCCUAAGGUCUUCUUCCUCUUUAAUGAUGUGCUGGUGUACGGCAGCAUCAUCCUGAACGGCCGCUGGCACAAACACCAGAAGAUCAUCCCUCUAGAGGACAUCCAGCUGGAGGACAUGGAGGAUGGUUUGGUAUUGAAGAACCAAUGGCUGAUCCGUACACCACAAAAGUCCUUUUUUGUGUCCGCCUCUUCAUACGAGGAGAAGCAGGCCUGGAUUGAGCACAUCGAAGACUGCCGGUCAAGCCUGCUGCAGGGCAGCAGCCGGCAACCUGGUUCCACCUUUGCUGUUUCCUGGAUCCCAGACCAGGCCGCCUUCAAAUGCAUGCGCUGCUUCAACAAGUUCACUGCAACCAAACGUCGACACCACUGCCGAAAAUGUGGCUUUUUGGUCUGCAAUUCGUGCUCCAAGCACCGAGCAGUGAUAGGCCACAUUCACCCGACUAAGAAGUUGAGGGUCUGCCAUCUCUGCCACACUAGGAAUGAGGAAGAUGAGAUAUCUCGCCUGAGGGGAGACAGCACUGGAAAGAACAGCUCAGAGGAGGACGAUGUGGCAGCAUCCAGUGAUGAAGAGGAGGCAAAGAAGAUGAUGCAGAACAAUGCUUACAGCAGCUGGCUGGACUCCCAGAUGGGCACCUGGGGACAGAUGGGCACAUAUGUUUACCCAAAACCAGUGCAUUUGCAGCCCUAGUAAAACAUAACCACAUAAAGGCUGCUACAUGUUCAGCAUCAUAUUAAACAAUGAAUUGUGUUAUAACCGAGAGUAUUGGACUUUUAAAAGGAUUUAGCUGAGACAAAGCUGAUUCAGCUAAAUGCAAUUGAAGCAUGUCAGAAGUCAACAGAGGAAAUCCUUAAAAAGAGAAUAAUGUAUUGUAUUUGUACCUUUUUACUGCUGUCUUUACUGCACAUUUUACACUGUACUUGGUUCAUAGAAACACUUGCUGUGAAGUACUGUUAUCUUGUCAGAGCGUAAUUAUAAUUUGAUGUCAGAGUGUGUUGAGAAGAACAGUUUAUUCAGGCCUCAGUGUCAUUCUGAUUUAAUGUGUAUGGGUCAGUUACUGUGAAAAAGCAUUUGCAUCCUAUAUCUGCUCUUUUUUUUUAGAAAUUUUCUACGAACAAUAAAUUGCAUGAAAAACAAAA